AUGGCAUUUACAACAACUGGUUUUGGUGGAUUAAACAAUAAUACAUUUGGUAAAACAACUAAUACCACAAAUGGAUUUGGUACUGGUUUUGGUUCAACUACAAGUGGUUUUGGAAAUAAUAAUAACACUGGUUUUGGUUUAACAACGGGUACUUUUGGAAAUAGUACUAACACUGGUUUUGGUUUAACAACAGGAUUUGGUAAUAGUAAUACUACAGGAUUUGGUAAUGGCAAUACUACAGGAUUUGGUAGCGGUUUCGGUUCAACGACGGGUGGGUUUGGAAAUAAUAACUCUGGACUUACUAAUGGAUUCGGAAACAAUAAUAACACUAAGGCCGGUGUUGGUUUUGGCUCAACGAUGGGUGGUUUUGGUAAUAAUAAUACAUUUGGCAAUACAGGAUUUGGUUCUACAACAACUGGAUUUGGUAAUAAUAAUAAUACAGGGUUUGGUAGUGGAUUUGGUAAUAAUAAUAAUACAGGAUUUGGUAGUGGAUUUGGUAAUACUACUAACACAGGAUUUGGUUCAACAACAAGUGGUUUUGGAAAUACUACUACUGGACUUGGUGGUGGAUUUGGUUCUGCAUUAGGUAAUGGGCUUAGUGGUGGAUUUGGAAAUAAUAACACAGGACUUGGUGGUGGAUUUGGAAAUAAUAACACAGGACUUGGUGGUGGAUUUGGUACAACAAAUACUACAAUAGGGUUUGGAAAUAAUGGUGGAUUUGGAAGUGGAUUAGGUACACCAUUUGGUAAUGGACUUGGAAAUAAUAAUAACGGAGGAUUUAAUUCAAUUAAUAUAAAUGGAAUGAACAACACAAUUCAAACACCAAACACACCACUUUUUGUAAAUGUUGAUUCAAGCAUGAUAGAAUUUUUAAAGAAUAAAAUACAAUCGGAUCGUUUAAAAAAUGCAUUGUCUUUAAAAGAUAUAAAGUAUAACAACGACUUAGAUAAAAUGAUUCAAGAAACACGGUUAAAAAGUCUUUCUUUAAAACAAGUAGAAGAUAAAAUAAGACCUAAAAUAAAUAAAGUAUUCGAUACAACAAUUAAUCAAAUGCAGAUAUUAAGAGAAAAACAACUACUUGAAGAAAGUAGUAGACAAAAUGAAAAAACUAUUAAAGAAAAAAUAUUUAAAAUCUGUUCUAGUUUUGAGGAAGAAUUUAAUGGUCUUAGUGAUCAAAUUAGUGAAUUAAGUAAUAAAAUAACACCUUUAGUAAAUAAUAUUACUUUACAACAAGCAAAAAUAGCUCUUGAUGAAAAUAAUAAACAAACUUAUCAAAUAAAAGAAAAUGUUGUAUUUAUACAAGAAAGUUUGACUGAAACAGAACAAAAACUUGAAUCUUCUUUAUCUCAUUUAUGGAAUCCUAAUACUUUAAAGUGA